GUUCGUUCCUUCUUUUUUCCUUCUCUUCUUCCUCUUCAUUUUCACCAACAACAUUAUCAUCACCAAUAACAUCAUCAUACACUACUAUCGCCAUGCUAUGCACAUCACGUCGGACGAUAUCGGAUGAUAUUGACUGCAUUGCACUACUGAACCGUGUUGUUGAUGUUUCUAGGAAGAAUGUUUUUGUUUGGCUUAGUAUAUUUUGUUGUUGGCCAAUGAUGUUAGCGAAUGCAGUUGAUAUCAAUCAAAAUCUUCUUACAGUUCUUGGAUUACCUAGGAAAAAUCAUUGUGCUUUAUCAUACAAUAAUACCCUUUUUAUAUUACAAGGUCAAGAUACUAAUUCAACAUCAUUAUCACUCAGAUUUUCGAAUGACACUCUCACACCUAAUUCAACACAGACACCCUCUAUACAAUGGAUUCCCAAUCCAUCAUCAUCAUCAUCAUCAAUAGCAGCAUCUAUUUGUACAGUAACUAGUUACGGACAAGCCAUUCUGUUUUAUUCAUCCUUAUUACACAAUGCUACCAUCGAUCUGAAUUCUUUGACAUGGACUAUAACAUCAUCCGUAGAUUAUUCAGGGAAUCAACAAACAUCUCCACCCGAUUUAGACACAGUGGCAGCAACGAUUAUGAAUGAUGACACGGUAUUAGUUCUUGCGAAAAAUAACACUUCAUUAUCAACAUGGCUAUUGGAUGCAAGCAAUGAUCAACUACAAUGGACUUGGUCGAUAUUAUCUUCAUCUAUACCUUUGAAUAUCGAUAUUCAUCUGAAUAGCGCAACUUUAGUUACAACAUCAUCAUGGAUUCUUUUUUUUAAUGUGGAACAAUCAUCAUCAUCAUCAUCAUUAUAUAAUGUCUCGAUCUAUUGUUUCGAUAUCUCCUCCAUGGCUUGGAUUGGUCAUCUAUUGAAUUUUACCAGUAUUACGAAUCACGUCCAAGCUGUUAUGAUCAACAAUAACAACACAAAUGAUAUCAACAAAAACGAUACUUUAUUGAUUGUGCCUGCCUGGAUCGACACGGUGAUUAAUGCAACAUUGGACGAAAACGUGACUCAUUUUGAUGCAGAGCAACAACAACAAAUACAUCAAGACAUUCCAGGUUAUCGCAGGGAACAACGUCAACAAAAAAUAGAUACAAAUAAUAAUGCUACUCAUCUUGACGGAUAUUGGAUCUUGGAUAUUGGAACCGAAUCAUCAUCAUCGUCUUCUCUACCUUUUGUGCAUUUAGCAUGGCAACCAACUGAUACAUCAUCCACUUCCUCUUUUAAUUCAAUCAACGGUGGAUCAGCAACGCGUGUGGAAAAUACUAUUAUAUUUUAUGGUGGGAACAGUGUGAAUGACCGUGACAUGCCAUCAUCAUCAUCAUUAUCAUCAUCAUCAUUAUCAUUAUCAUCAUUAUCAUCAUCAUCAUUAUCAUCGUCAACUAUUUCAUCAAGCAAUCAAUUCUCACUCCGCUUUUGGAAUAUAACCGAUCGCACUUUUUUAACCACUCCAGCCUGGCUAUCAACUUUACUCUCUUCUUCUUCCCCUUCUCCAUCCCCUUUUCCAACCGACGGUCAACAAAAUGAUAAUGACGAUAAUCAUACCCUAGUUAUUGUAUUGUCAACACUUUUGGGAGUAAUAGGAGCUGCUUUUUUACUGGUACUUGUUUUACUAUGGUGGCGUCACAAAAAAAAACAAUCAACUCACCCUAUGACGACGCAACAACGAAGUAGAAAUGAAGAAAGAAAUAUUGGAUCUACAUCAAGACAACAAGGUGAACAUCGACACAAUGUUUACACGAACGAUGGUGAUAAUGCAACUACUUGGGCAAAUCAACUUCAACGAUCUUUAUCUCUCAUACUUCGACGACUACGACCACAACAGCAAGAACUACAGCAACGAAAAGUCUCCAACCCACUUACAGCAGAAGAUACAUCAUCCGCGUUAAUACGAUCAGAAGGACCAGCACCAGGACCAGCACCACAAGAAGUGGAAAUGCAUCAGCCUGCGGAAGAAUCUAUGAUCAAGAUCAACGACGAUUACAAUAUGCACGAUCGUCUUCAUGAUAGUAGCCUAACGACCCACUCACAACAACAAGAAUCUUUAGUGACAAAUCAUCCCCCUGCAUCAUCCAACGUGACGGGUAGUGCUUCUCAGUCUGCAAGAAACAGUUGGCGUGAAGGAUCCUUGAAGACUAGUCGAUUUGUGGAACACUUUUGAACAACUAUAUAUAGAUUUUUUUUUUUAUAUACAUGAUACCAUAUUCCUCUUCUUUAUUCUAUUUUUUUUUAUUGUAUUUAUCCUGUUUAUAUUAUUGAAAUUUAUUUUAUUUGUUUUAUAUUCUUGUAUCUAUUAUCCAAAUUUGAUUAAAAAAUAAAAUAAAAUAAAAUAAAAUACAUUAAUAUAUCUAUUUUUAUGCCAAUAUUACCAUCAUAGGAAUCAUCGUGAAAUUUUUGUCAUCGUAAUAAGAUAUCAUAUUAUCCUCCAUAUUAUCAUUCAUAUAUUAUCAUCCAUAUUAUCCAAUCAUCAUCAAUCAAUCAUCAACAAUCUGUCAUCGUUCAAUCAAUCAUCGACAAUCAAUCA